UAACCCCCUCUUUCACUUUGCACUAGUCUGUCUGGUUAAGCAGAGUAUAAAUGUCCGAGUUAAAACAGUUUUUACUUCUUUAACAGAUUAGGCUAUCAAUCAUCAUUGUCUAUAUUGGAUUCUUGAGAGAUUUGAUAUUCUUGGAUGUGAUGGAUUUCAUAUGGGCCCUCGCCGUCCUCCUGGGAUCUCUGCCCUAUUCUGACAACUCUGAUAUGAGCACCAUCGUUAUGGAUUUGUCUUCUCAGAACUUGACAUCUGUGCCAGAUGGGCUUCCUCCAGAAACACAGAAUUUGGACCUCUCGUGUAAUCAUAUUGGGGCUCUGAAGAGAAAAGAUUUUAAGCGAACCCCUCAACUGCAGUCCCUCAACCUUUCCAAUAAUGUGAUACAGAGUAUUGAUUGGGAAGUUUUUCUCUCCUCCCAAGACCUAAAGGUCUUAGAUCUAUCCCACAACAAACUCCGCAGCCUUUUAGACCAGCGCUACCUACAGCUGACUCCAAAUCUAGCAUAUUUGGACUUGAGCUUUAAUGACUUUGUUAACAUGACCCUUGAUUUUGAAUUUACAAAUCUUCAAAAGCUGGAAGAUUUGAAGUUGAGUUCAGAAGUUAUCCGGAAUGAAGACUUUGCAAGUAUAUCCAAACUGCAGUUAAAAAGUUUAAACCUCUUUGUGUCAAAUAAUACCAGUUAUGAGAUUGGGAGUCUGGCCAAUGUGACUUCAAAGAAGCUAAUUAUAUCAUCACAGUCAGACUGUGACCGUGCUCUCCUGAAUGAUGCAGUCAAAUCUUUCGCUGAGGUAAAACUUGUUGGCAUAGCAGUGGAUAAAUUUGAACCAGUGACAUGGCAAAGAGGGGCUAUUGAUGCCAUCAAACUGGAAUUCGGAAACACAUCAGCUACUUGGGAAGAUCUGACAAGUGUUGUCAAUAAUCUGCUCCGCUCAUCAGUAAAACAUCUUAGUUUCACCGGGUUAACAAUAACUAAGAUGGAUGGUUAUGGGGAAGUCGCCACAUUUUCCAACAUGGAAUCAUUAACUAUUCAACAAGCCAUUGUGACAGUCUUCCUGUUCUCACAGGAAAUGUUAUACGAUUUCAUAAUAAACACACCGGUCCAUAGUCUUACAGUGGCACAGACGCCAAUUGUCCACAUGACAUGUCCACAUAACCAAUCCAAGAUCCGCAUUCUGAACAUGGGUGACUGUGCUCUAUCUGAGAAAGUCUUCUCCAGUGGUAAGAUCGAGUGCAGCACCCUGAAAAGUGUGGAAACAUUGGUCCUCAAGGGUAACAACUUCCAGGAUUUCAAGCAGCUCAGUAGCCGAGUCAGUCUCAUGUCCUCAUUAUCCAGCCUAGAUUUAAGCCAUAACAAACUGAGCUAUCGGCGUGAACAGGGGAAUUGUUCUUGGCCUUCGAAUAUUACACACUUGAAUCUAUCCUUCAAUAGCUUUGACAGCUUGGUAUUUCUCUGUUUACCACAGAACAUUACAGAUUUGGAUCUGCAAAACAAUGGUAUCACUGCUAUACCAACCGACAUUUUCAAGUACAAGUCACUCAAAAAAUUUAAUCUGAUCAACCAGUACAAGUCACUUAAAGUUUUGGAUCUGACCCACAAUAGAUUUCAUAACAUCCCUGACUGCACAGCUUUCCCAAAUCUCCAGACAUUGCUGCUCCGAGGAAACUCCCUCCAGUCUCCAUCCUUAGACUUUCUGAAUACAUGCCCUAUGUUGCAGUUUUUGGAUGCCAGCCAUAACUCCUUCAUCUGCACAUGCUCCUUGAGGGAAUUCACAUCCAUACUGGGGAAGACCACCACAGCACACAUCAAGUUCCUACAUUGGCCCAGGGGCUAUCACUGUAGCUACCCAGAAGAUAGACAUGGAACACUCCUGGAGGACUUCAGCCUUCCCCCUGUGUCCUGCAGUGCAGCUCUCCUAGCGACCACCAUAUUGGUGCCAGCGAUCGCCCUGGUGAUUGCGGUUGCAGUGCUUUGUCGGCAACUGGAUGGCCCGUGGUACAUGAGCAUGAUCUGCCAGUGGGCGCGUGCCAAACACCGGGGAGCUCGGAACAAGGACAAACCAGAGGACCUGCAGGGCGUGCUUUUCCACGCCUUCGUGUCAUACAGUCAACGGAACGCGGAAUGGGUCAAAGGUCAACUCAUCCCCAGACUUGAGGGCGAGGAUGCAGGGGCUGCUGGUGAUGGGCUUCGCGUGUGCCACCACGAGCAAGACUUUGUCCCUGGGAAGACCAUCGUGGAGAACAUUCUGCGGUGUGUGGAGAUGAGCCGUCGCUGCAUAUUCGUCCUCUCCUCGGACUUCGUGCGCAGUGAAUGGUGCCACUACGAGCUGUGCUUCGCCAACCACCAGCGAGUGGCCAAGGGCUUUGACUGUGUCAUCCUGGUUCUUUUGGAGCCCCUGCCUCAGUACAUGAUCCCGUCCAAGUACUACCAGCUGAAGGACAUGAUGUCCAGACGCACCUACUUGGAAUGGCCCCCUGAGAGGACCAAGCAGGUGUUGUUCUGGGCCAACCUGCGGGCAGCUCUGUAUGCUGAUCUGCCCACGGAGGGCACCCAGAGGGAUGGGCAAGAGGGCACAGAGUAAAA